AAAAAUAAAGGACUUUGGUCUCUUAACAAACAAAUCCCAGUUUCCUCUCCAUCUUCUUCUCUUUUGUUUCUUUGCCAUUUAAACAGGAAACCAGGGAGGAGUGGAGGGAAAUAGAUGGAAGAAGAGGGAUUAGGGUUAGCAUUAGCAAGAGCUACGGAGCUAAGAUUGAAAAUCAGCAACUGCAUCGCAAAAGCCAUCGCCGCCGCCGCCAAGCCUGUUUGCGAACAAAGCCCACAAAACCAAACCGAUGAAAAUGGUAGCAUGAAUAGAUACGAAGACCUUAAUUCUCACCAAAGUGGAGCGGAUGAAGAAGAAGAUGAUGAAGAAACAACCGAGAGGCUUUUGGAUAUUCGAGAUGCCCUUGAAUCACUUGAAUCCCAACUCCUUGCUUUACAGAAUCUGCAACAUUAGCAAAGUUAUGAAAAGGAAGUUGCCCUUGCUGAGAUCGAUUAUAGCCGGAGAGUUGUCUUGGAGAAGCUCGAAGAAUAUCAAGGGAAGGACAUGGAAGUGAUUCUCGAGGCUUCUGCUUUCUUUAGUGAAACAGUGGAGAAUAACAGGGACCUCCUCCUUCCCCCAUAUCCGAGUUACCCCCCACGAUCCAUGGUUUUGGAUAACAGCUCAUUGUCACACUUACAGUCAACAUACAAGUAUUUUCCAAAUGGGAUUUCCACCAGCGACCCUACGAAUGAAGCAAAGAACCCGAGACAAAAUGGCAAGCAAGACGAGUCCAAAAGCUUGAGGAAAGGAUUCGGCCACUUAAUAAGUUCGGCAGUGAAGACUUGGCUUCCCCUUGUUGGUGUAAUGUACAUAUUAAGCCUGUCCAAUUUCAUGCCGAACAUCGGGAAACGAAACCAUGUCAAGAUUUUUGGCAUGAGUCAUCAACGUGCGACUGAAGGGAAGAAGUCAAAUGCUCUAUGCCCACCUGGGAAAGUCCUGGUAAUGGAGGACGGAUAAGCUCGAUGCUUGGUGAAAGAGAGGAUUGAAGUACCAUUCGAGUCUAUUGUUGCCAAGCCAGAUGUAAAUUAUGGUUGCGGCUAAUUUGAUAUUACUUCCAAUCGUUGUGUAUAAAACUACUUUGAUUGUUAAUUAGUUGCAAUGAAGUUUUACCAGUGGUUUUUCAA